AUGAAAGGUAGAGUGGUACCCGAAUACGUGCGCGACGCACUCGCAGGUGUGGCCCAAAAGCUGGGCUUCGUCGGUGGCCUGCACGCGGUGGAGUACGAUUUCCGACCCGGCUCCGACAACCGGUCCGUCGUGUCCGUGUUCUACCGGGUGGUGUUCCGCGAGGAGCCCCGCGAAGCGACUGUCCUGUGUAAGGUGCCACCACCCGGUGCCGAUGGGUCGGUGUUUGCCCUCUUCGAGCGAGAAGCGUUCGUGUACGGCAAGCUGUUGCCGGCGUUCGAGCAGUUCCAGCGGAGUGCCAGUGCCAGCCACCAGCCCCAGAACGGUGGCACAUCGGAUGCGAAGGUCAAGGAGACCGCGGAGGACGAAUUGUUCUUCGCACCCCGCUGCUACCAUGCACACUGUGACGUGAAGAAGGGCGAGGGCAUCAUCAUACUGGAGGAUGUGCGCAAACGGGGCUUCUCCAACCGCCACAAGUUUGCCCCGAUGGACUACGACCAUGCCCGGCUGGCGAUGGUACAACUCGGACGGUUUCACGCCAUUUCGCUGGCCCUCAAGCAGCAGCAACCGGAGCUGUUCGAGCAGUACCGGUACAUGGGGGACGUCACACGGGAGUCGGGACUGCUCGGUAUGGACGGCUUCAACCAAACGAUGCAGCUGGCUUUCGAGAGUGCAAUGGCCACCCUCAAUCCGGCCGAUGGCAGCAAGCGUGAAAAGUUGACUCGCCUGCGGGAUGGGUUUGCCGACGAGCUGCGAUCGAUCAACGAUACGAGCCUCUCGGAACCGUUCUGCGUCGUGUGCCACGGUGACUUUGCCGGCGAAAAUAUGAUGUUCUCCUACAACGGAGGUUUUCCAUCGCGACUCGCUCUGCUGGACUGGCAGCUGGCAAAGUAUGGGUCUCCGGCGCUGGACUUUGUGCAGGCCAUCUUCCUGUCGACGGACGAUUCGUUGCGCCGCAAUCACUACGACAACAUGCUGCAGACGUACCACCACGCGCUGAUCAGUCACCUGGAGCGGCUGGGGGACGAGAGGGCCACCGAGUGGUUCCCGUUGACGGUGCUCAUGCGCCUGAUCAAGGUGCAAGCACGACAGGCACUGGUUCUCGGGCUGCUCCACAUUCCGCUGGCUGUGGCCAGUGAGGAGGCGGCCACGCAUGAAACGGCGGAACCGGAAACGGACGAGCAGCGGGAGGACUCCUGCUCGGUGCGCAUCAGCGAUACGGACGAUGCCAAGUACCAGACGCGGAUCAGCGGACUGCUGAAGGACGUGUUUCGGUUGGGAUACUUAUGA